CAGGCCGGGCCGGGAAGCCUCGUCCCGUUUUACUUCCAGUUUCCACUUCAAAUAUUGAUGGUCUUGAAAGUGCAUUUGGAUCCCAGACAUUUUCCAUCACAGAACAAAUCAAGAGCUCUUCUCCUAUCUCUGAGCAAUACAGACAGCUUAAUAUCAUAUGACCUCAUUUCUCCAAAUUAAAUGAAAGAAGAAUUUUCACUAGCUUUCCAUGAAGCUCAGCUAUUGCCUGUUAAUUUUGACUGUUAGUGCUGAUCUUUCAGUUGGAUUCACAGUGGAAAAUGUAGCUUUUAACAGGACAGUUGCUUUUGGGUCUUUCAAUGCAUCACUUCAUGCAGUGUCUCAAGCUUUAAUAAGUUCUCCAGCACACUAUGAUAUCAUAGCCAAAGAGGGGACCAGUAUUUUAAUUGAAUGUAAACUGAACAUCAGCCAGUACGAACAUAUCCUUUGGUAUAACUCCAGAGGACACCUGCUUGAACAGAAAGAUGAAGGUGACCGGUGGAGAAUUGCUGAUAACUCCCUCAACAUCACAAAGGUCAGCUUUGCUGACCGGGGCCGGUACACGUGUGCAGGCAUUAAUCAUAACGAGACCUUGUACUACACAGUCACCCUGAGGGUAAUCUUCACCUCAGGGGACAUGAGCAUCUACUACAUGAUUGUGUGCCUCGUUGCCUUUGCCAUCACCCUCAUUUUGAACAUCACCCGCCUGUGCAUGAUGAGCAGCCACCUCCGCAAAACGGAGAAGGCCAUCAACGAGUUCUUCCGGACGGAAGGGGCGGAGAAGCUGCAGAAGGCUUUCGAGAUAGCCAAGCGUAUCCCCAUCAUCACAUCGGCCAAAACGCUCGAGCUGGCCAAAGUCACUCAGUUUAAGACCAUGGAGUUUGCUCGCUACAUCGAAGAGCUCGCCAGGAGCAUCCCCCUGCCGCCGCUCAUCCUCAACUGCAGGGCGUUCAUGGAGGAGAUCUUCGAGGCCGUGCGGGUGGACGACCCCGACGAGGUGGGCAAGGAGGACAAGCAGCCCCCCGGCUGCGGGGCCCAGGCCGCGCUGUUCGCCGGGAGCGCGGAGAUGAAGCGCAGCCAUUCCCCGGCCGGGGACUCGGACGACGGCUCCCUGAGCGAGCAGGGCCAGGAGAUCGCCGUGCAGGUGUCCAUCCACCCCCAGUCCCACGGGCAGAGCAUCGACACCGUGUCCCACGGCAGCUGCCACUCUGUGCCUGCUGAGGAAGGCACCUGCUGAGCCCAGCCAUCCACAGAGGGGCAAAGGAAGCUCGGGUGAGCCAAGGGUACUGUGAGGAAAGGGUCUGCAAACAAGCUGCCUCAGUCCCAUGUGCACAAGAGUUUUCCAGACUGCUAGUUCUGAAGUGUGUAUUUUCUGUCAGUGCUGAUUUAACAAUUGCAGUCUGCUAGAAAAGGCGGUUUGGAAUAUUGUGUGGGGGCUUUUCUUUCUAAAGCAGGCUUGCUAUAUUUAAAAUAGUUACAAAACAGGAAUUCUUUGUCCUUGGCUCCUUGGUAGCUUUUGAUAUUUCAGAUCUGUGUGAGAAGUGACCAAGCUGAGCAGUACACCUUGCAAUAAGAACUUUUCCUUUGUGAGCUCCUUCUUUCUUCACAAAGUUGAGCUGAAAUUCAUUUGAGUCAGUGUUGUUGUCCUGAUGAAUUGAGUUCUGUGCUCUUUUUGAGUUGCCUCUUGGUGUGUGUAGCCCAUCAGAACCAUGGUGAG